CGUCACAAUGUUAUUCGUCGCUGAAAUGCGCCAUUUUGAAAUGAAACUACCCUAUUUUUCAUCUAAAUAGUAUCGGUUCAAUAUCAAAUACAUCUUUAUCUUUGGAAACGCGCGUGGGUUGUAAAUAUUAUCUUGGAAGGAUACUGGAUAUCCUUUGGAGCUUUUUCGAACCCAGCGCCAUGGCCGUUUCAGGAAGCGGCGAGGUGCAAUGGUGCUUUUCUCAAGUCAAAGGAACCGUAGAUGAUGAUGUUACUGAAGCCGAUAUAAUCUCAACAUGUGAAUUCAACCAUGAUGGCGAACUACUAGCAACAGGUGAUAAAGGCGGGAGAGUAGUAAUCUUUCAACGAGAAGACUCGUCAAGAAAUUCAACACCACCGAGGGGUGAAUACAAUGUGUACAGCACCUUCCAAAGCCACGAGCCUGAAUUUGACUAUCUCAAAAGUUUAGAAAUAGAAGAAAAAAUUAACAAAAUCAAAUGGCUUCCCAGGCAAAAUCACGCACAUUUUCUUCUUUCAACAAAUGAUAAAACUGUCAAAUUAUGGAAAGUCUCGGAGCGGGACAAGAAGUGGACCGGCUCCAACCUGCUGGGCGAGGACGGGGUUCUCCUGGACCCGACCAACGUCACCUCGGUCAGGUUACCCGUGGUGGAGCCCAUGGAGCUGAUGGUGGAGGCCAGCCCCAGGAGAGUGUUUGCCAACGCCCACACCUACCACAUCAACUCAAUAUCCGUCAACAGCGAUGGCGAGACAUACAUAUCGGCCGACGACCUCCGGAUCAACCUCUGGCAUCUAGGCAUCACUGAUCAGAGCUUCAACAUUGUAGAUAUCAAACCGGCCAACAUGGAGGACCUAACAGAGGUCAUCACGGCGGCCGAGUUCCAUCCAAAGGAUUGUAAUUUAUUUGUGUAUAGCAGUAGCAAAGGAACUAUUAGGUUAUGUGACAUGCGCCAGUCGGCACUCUGCGACCAGAGCGCAAAAAUCUUUGAAGAACCGGAGGAUCCGAGCAAUAGGUCAUUCUUCUCAGAAAUCAUAUCAUCAAUAUCAGAUGUCAGGUUUAGUCACAGCGGUAGAUAUCUUAUAUCAAGAGACUACCUUUCAGUUAAGGUAUGGGAUCUUCUAAUGGAUACCAAGCCAGUAGAGACCUUUCCCGUCCAUGAGUACCUACGAAGCAAGCUAUGUUCUCUCUAUGAGAAUGACUGCAUAUUCGACAAGUUUGAGUGUGUAUGGAAUGGCUCAGACAGUGCAAUCAUGACCGGCUCCUACAACAACUUCUUCAGGAUAUUCGACCGCAACACGAGCCGCGACGUCACGCUGGAGGCCUCCCGCGAGAACACGAAACCGCUGCAGGUCCUGAAGCCGCGGCGGGUCGGCACGGGGAGCAAGCGGAAAAAGGACGAGAUCAGCGUGGACAGCCUCGACUUCAACCGCAAGAUCCUCCACACGGCGUGGCACCCCCGGGAGAACAUCCUGGCCGUAGCAGCUACUAAUAACUUGUACCUCUUCCAAGAGAAGCCGCCCAGCUAAGCCAGGGCCUUAUACUCUUGCACCACCUUUAUGUAGUCUCUUUAUAUAGUAUCGCUCUCUCUAUAUAGAGAAAGAGAGGGGCUAGUAGGUCAUUGAUUGGAGGAGGGAGUGGAGACAAAAAGAUUUAUGUUUCAUGUGUUCUGGGGUCGGAAGGGCAUUGAGUGACUCAAAGACAAACUACCAACUACAUUGGAAGCCAAGUUUGUUGUCUGUUUAUAAAGACUUAAGUAUAUUACCUGCCUCCUGGAGUUUCUUUCAGAGCCUCACAAUUGCCUAUUCAAACUUUUGGGUCAAGUGAAAGCAAAUAUUUCACUUACAUUAUUAUGUGAACAUAAAUUAUAUUCUGUAGGGGAGAUAUGUAGAAGGAAUACAGUGACAGUGUGUUUUAUAUGAAACGAUUAAACUCAAAUCCAAUGCUAUUUGAAUUGCAUUGAUUGUGUUUGAUUCAGUUGUCAGUCUGGAUUCGUUUUCAACAUGACCUGUUUGACACAAUUUAGAAUUGGUAUUUACAAGGGCCAUGUUAUCAUUCCCUGACCGAAAAGACAUUGGUGUAGACAUAUCCUUUGAAAGACCAAAAGGUCAUGUAACAUUACUUUGACAUAAGUUUUACCUAUAGAAGGAAUAUGAUUCUGAUUUCAGCAUAAAACUAGGUAUGCAACUAUAUAAUCUUAGAAUUGUAUGCCCAUAAGAGAUCCAACGUUUUUCUAUCUGAGAAAAAAUGAACGGACACCAUGUCACAUGCCUUAGCAAAUUGAUGGAUUCAUGAGUGUUAGAGUUCAAGAAUAAGGUUACAAUAAGGUAGUUUCUUUUUUUCACAUUUUCCUCCACGAUGGACAGAAUUAGGUGGAACCUCGCUGUUUAUCAUGAGAGAACCUUUGCUGAUCAACCCAAAUGAUAAGAAACACAUCGAGGGUUCAGUGACUCAAAGACGUAACUCCAUAUUUUGCCAAAAUGAGUAUUUGAUAUGAAAAUGUUCAGAAAAAUGUGAGGUUUCACAAAGACUUAAUUCCACCCAACACCCCAUCGAAAGUCAAUGGCUAGUAAAACAUAGACUUGACUCCAAGUGCUCUUUGACACAUUAACCACUUUUUCUCAAAAUGGCCAAAAUGGAGUUACGUCUCUGUGUCACUGACCCCUCGACACGUUACCUUUCAAAAUGGCAUAACCAAAGGGGGAUAAAGCAAAACAAAACAACAAGACUCGCUCAAGGAAACUAGGUACGCAUCCAAAGCACUGCACAAUAUUCGACUGAGAGCAUUUCAGGACGGAAAAAAGAACUUGUUGCAGAGAUGAAGUAAUCUGUACAGCAUCUUUUAUGCUCGAUAGCAAGUCUUUUAGAAUGUCAUCCUUGGGCGAGCCUUAGCGUUCAAGUGCGUAAAUGCAUACAAUGCAUCAUUCAUUCAUGAAGUAGGCCAAGACUCUUCUCCAGUUAUUUGUGAGCAUGAAUCACUUAGUUUCACCUUUUGGUUUUGCCAUGUUCUUAAAUAUACACAUUAAAUGCAUAUAAAAAACUUGUUUUGAAAGUAUGGGGAUAGAUAAUGGAUGUUAAAAAGUACCAGAAAAGUGAAAUUACUCCACCAUGACUCGCUCUUUAAUCUUGAUCUGAUUAAAGUAGAAUAUCGUACACAUACCUUUUGUGUGCAAAUGAAUUAUGAGACAUCUCUCGAUUGUCUGUAAUGAUGAAGUGUUGUUGUCUAUUUCCAUGGGUGAGUAGACUUAUUUUUCUUUUCUAGAUAUGACUGAUGUAACUACUUAUAUGGAAUGGUUACGAUGAUGAAUGUUUUCCUUUUUUUUUUAGCCAAAGAUAAUUGUGGCUGAUUUGUGGAACACAUUUAAAGAUAUGUGAUAUUUAUGUCUGUUUCAGUUAUUGUAGUAAAAAAUUAUAAGAUGAAAAAAAAAAUGUGAGAGUUGACAGAAAAUUACUGUAAAGCCUUGGUUAACACUUGGAUAUGUAUAUUUUUUAAUUGAACCAAAGUGUACUGGCCUGUAUAUUGCAAGCAGAAGAUUGUAAAUUAAUACUUGCGGAGAGAAAAAAAAAGAGAAAGUUACAAAAAAGAUUAUUAUUAAGAGGCAGCUUCAUAAAUGUGUCUGAAGCUGAAUGGAGAAAAUUUAUUUUGCAGGGAUGGAUUUGUUUCCUAGAAACAAAUAGUUCUCUCUUUUUUGUGUAUAUAGCUGAAAAAUGAAUAUAGUUUCAUUAUUCUGAAUUGAGAACAUGUGUUGAAUUUCAUCCCUAUUUUCAUCUGUUUUUGAUCAUGUUCAUGUGUUGUUUCUUGCAUGUGCCACAAGUUUAUGACUAUCUCUCUCCAUGUGUUGCCUUUUUUGGUGAAAAGGUAAAAUUUAUGAGGAACAAAAAUGGCUUUGGUUUCUGGUUUCUUGUAUUAGUUGCAACAUGGAUGCAUAAAUGACCCCAAAAUGUACUAAAAUUUCAGGUCUAGUGAAGUAUGUUAUUGCAUUAUGCUCUAUUUACCCUCCUUGUAUGAAUUAAGUCUCCUAGACAUAAUCUUGUAAAGAGUUGCUAUUGCUAUUGAUCCCAUUCAAUUGCAAGGCCUUCAGUUACUCAUAUUUUUAACAAACGCCCUUCUCUAUUGUGCAGAGAUGUGAGUGAUACAACCUCAAGUUAAAUGGCGAUUGAUUUGAAUGAAGUACAAGUCUUUUUUCAGACAGGACCCUGAUGUACAUGUACAAAUCCGGUCUAUUGUUGAGUUCAGAGCAGCAUAACUGAUCAAUUUAUCUGGGGUUUCCCCCUUUUAUUACUCAUACUAACUCCUCUUCAAUGGAUUAGUGACACACAACGCUGCAUUUUCAAAUAAUGCUUCUGUUGAUGAUGUUCACCCAGCCGGCAUGCUUGCCACUCUGGCAUAAGGGGUUUUGUAAUUCCUUUUUUUUUUCUGCCAAAUUUAUGGAAAUUUAGUGUGUGACACUAAUCAUUUGUUUCAUGCUGCUUCUAAAGCAUCCAUUCAAAACACUUGGAAAUAUGGGGGAAAUAUAUCAAAUAUAUUUUAUUUCUUCAGUUUUAAAAUGAGCUUCAUGUACCUUCCCCCUCAAAUUAUUUGAAUUCUUUUUGUCUGCAAAACUGUCUCUACUUAACCUAUAAGGAUUCUCCUCUUUGACGGACGAUCGUUUACAAACGAAUGUUAUCCAGUUUUCAGGUAGAGUGUGAUUAGAACUGUACUCUACACGUCACAAUCUUGUGCUGUUGAAAAGAUCUGCAAUGAAAUCAAUUGUAAUUUUUUUCUCGAAUGAAGUAAAAAUGAAUUCCAUUUAUUCAAAGUAAUUAAUUAAUCAUAAAAAUGCAUGAAGAAGAGUAUAAACUCAAUGAAAGGAUGGAGCUAUGAAAUAAUGCUGCACAGUCUCUCUGUAAACUUUCUAUUAGUUCUUUCUCUCAUAAAACAUUCUUCUUGGUUUAAGCUUGAGGUAUAUCCAAACAGUUAACAAUUAAAGAUAACCAAUUAGUCAUUGUAACUGAUGUAACAAACAUUUUUACUUGCUUUGUUUUCUCCUGUUUCUGUCGGCGCCAGGUGUCAUUUGAGUUAUCUUUGUUUUCUUCUAAAGGGUGCUUCAUUUCUAUUUUUUUUCUAAAAGAUACGUUGAUUGUAUUUAUAUUUUUGUUUAUCUAUUUUGACAUGUGAUCAGAUAUAUAAUGAAAUAAAAGACGAUAUUACAUUUGUCUGAGGAGUAUUGUCGAAACAUAUCAUCUAAAAACGGGAAAAUGUUGAUAUUCUCUACCAUGAAGUUAAAUCGUAUAUUGAUGCGAGGUUCAGAUUGAUAGGUAAUUUUUGUUCUUUCUUGAAGGUCAUUUUCAACUGGUUUAGGUGUGUACAUGUAAGUUGGAAUCCAGGCUGUCAAAUCCAGGUAUUCAUUUGCAAAAAUACCAUUCACAUGUAAACAAAGGUAGAUAGGUAGGCUGCAAAAUAAAUAGGCUUUAUUGUCUUAGUACAUGUAGGUGUAUAAUGAAUGCAUAAUCUUCAGAAAUGGUAUCUCCCAAACCGAGUAGUUGUUGGUUGGAAUCUGAAGGACUGGUCACACAUUACCAGCAUGAUCUCUAUUAAAUCGGUCUAUGUAAGAAAGGUAGGGGUGCUGUGUGAUCUAGUAGGUAUAUCAUCGGACUGUAGAUCAUACACUGCAUACUUUGGCAAGUUAUUAAUCUGCAUUUGCCACUCUCCACCCAGGCAUAGUAAAUGUGUACCUAGUUAGGAGCUUACUCCUUCGUUCUUUGAGUGCCGUAGGGCAGCUAGGCUAAAGCCAGUGUCAUGAUAGUACUUUGUUGGCGCUUUGAGCAUCGCCUGGACAUAUACAUGCGCAAUAUAGAUUGAGCUAUUAGUAUUAUUGGGAUAUUAUUUAGAUAUCACACUCACCAGUUCAUCCUAAUGAGCCUUCGGCGACGAUUUUUCUUGGAUCCAGUUCCCUUUCUACCUAAGCUGAUUAAUCCCUUUAACUAUCGUUAUUGAUAUGUGGCCAGUCUUUCAGUUUCGAAGCUAUUUGGCAGGAAUAGCAAGUUCUGUUGAUGUGCAAAACAGUACUGACACCCCUGUAGCCAUAUUAUACGAUGUAACAUGUAUGCAGGGCUGCCUUUACUUGUCUUUAAAUUGUCAUUAUUUGUGCUUUCAUGUGUUAAGAAGAUGUAUAGUCUUGAGGUGUAGAGGUGUUGUGGUAUAGAGUGGUUCAUUCACUUGACUCACAGUGCCAGGGUUGAGGGUUUGAAUCCCAGCCCGGCUCCGGUAUCCUUUGGAUAGGCAUUAAUCCUCAUUUGCCACUCUCCACCCAGGUGUGAAUAGGUACCUGGCAAUUGCUGGGGGUAAUGCUAAUCGCAGGACCCUCUUGAAGAACAGCAUUUAAUGUAGAACAGUGAUGAGGCUAACCUGGAUAAACAAAAUUAUCAUUUGUAAACAAAUGUUUACGCUGUGACAAUGAGACAGAACUCAACGCCAUGCGAAAUGAUCCUAGGUCAAAUGACCACCCCCAAAAAAUUGUUUUGAAACUGUUAAAGAUGCUUGUGGCUUCACUCCAAAUUUCUGAUUUCCUUUAAGUGUUUCUUUGUUUUCCUUUGUAAUGUAUUUCAUCAUUUUGUUUAUUUUUCCAAAGAGUUACUGGAAUAUUGUGAUGUUACACAGAAUAGUGGAAAGUUAUUCAUGUAGCAACCACAAGAAUAUACUGCAUUUACAGACUUUGUUAUCAAAUACAUUUUGAAUUGAAUACUUGU